AUGUUUCAAUCGAUUCAACAUUGUUCGUUUCUCCACCACCAAAAUGAAAGAGGUGUCACUUUUAAUGUUAGAUGCAGUGGCAUCAACUACGCCAUAGAUCGUUCGCACUCUAUGAUUUCAAUCGAUAACUUCACCAUUCCAUUCAAAGGUACAGCUGUUCAGGCGGCGGAAAGAAGUUCAAGACAUUACUCUUCCAAGGUCAACUAUGGAGGUCGCACUUGGUGGCUUGACUGGAGGUCGAUGAAAGGUCGCGAGGUGGAAGAGAGAGAGAAAGGAGGAGAUGGAUUUUCUUUGAGGAUUUGCAUAGGUGGAGUGAGCUCAGAGAUUUCGCAAAAGGAAGAGAUACGGGAAUCACCUUAUGUGCACCAGCUCAGAAACCUCAUCCCUCAAUUUCUCAAAUCAACUCCUUAA